AUGGCCAUCGCUGUAACAGCAACACAGGGAGCUUUCAUUUCUCAGGACUAUGAUUGCUACUUUCUCUCACCCUGGCAGAGUAAUUGAUUUGAUAUGGGCACUGGCCAGUGUAAUCUUCUUUUAAUUAAGACCUGCUACUAGCAGAGAGAGCAUGAACACUGACUGACUGUCUGCUCUCCUUUUACCUUCUCUUCCUCUCUCUUCCUGGUCUUUCAAUUCCUCCUCUCCUCUCUCCUCCCUCCUUUAGUCCCAGCACCAUGAGGAUGAGAAAAGAGAGCUGAGUCGGGAGAUCAUCGUCCUCAACAAUCACCUCCUGGAGGCCAAGAUCACCAUUGAAAAGCUCAGAGAGGACAACGUGAGUAUACUGUAUAGCCAGUCACUGUGCAAAAUCCUUACUUCAUCAGGUUUUUGAGUGAUUCACUGAAACAACUACACGGCCAAUUACACAACCAGUGCCUGGUGGUGGCCCUGCCACCUGUGCCACCUCUAACAUGAACCCAACAUAAAAACUGUGUAGCUCAGUUGGUAGAGCAUGGCGCUUGCAACGCCAGGGUUGUGGGUUCGUUUCCCACGGGGGGCCAGUAUUACUAACUGUAAGUCGCUCUGGAUAAGAGCGUCUGCUAAAUGGCUAAAAUGUAAAUGUAAAAUGUAACUCAUAGUACAUUCUUUGAAGUGCUAUUGUAGAGAGAGAGCGAUACAGUGCCGUGAAAAAGUAUUUGCCCCCUUUCAGAUAUUCUAUUUUUGCAUAUUUUUUAUACUGAAUGUCAUCAGAUCUUCAACCAAAACCUAAUAUUAGAUAAAGGGAACCUGAGUUUAGAAAUAAGAUUUUUUAAACUUAUUUUAUUUCCCCUGUGUGAAAAAGUAAUUUCCCCCUUACACUCAAUAACUGGUUGUGCCAACUUUAGAUGCAAUGACUGCAACCAAAUGCUUCCUGUAGUUGUUGAUCAGUCUCUCAUAACGCUGUGGAGGAAUUUUGGCCCACUCUUGUAUGCAGAACUGCUUUAACUCAUUUGUGGACGACAUGGGUCCCAUUGUGCCUGGCGAAAACCAAACACUGCAUUCUACAGUAAGAACCUUAUAUCAACGAUCAAGCAUGGUGGUGGUCAUCCCAGACCUAAUCCCAAUUGAGAUGUUGUGGUAGGACUUGAAACGAGCAGUUCAUGCUUGAAAACCCCCAAACGUCGCUGAGUUAAAGCAGUUCUGCAUGGAAGAGUGGGCCAAAAUGUAUCCACAGCGACAUGAGACUGAUCAACAACUACAGGAAGCAUUUGGUUGGAGUCAUUGCAGCGAAAGGUGACACAACCAGUUAUUGAGUGUAAGGGGGCAAUAACUUUUUCACAGAGGGGCAUUGGGUGUUGCAUAACUUAGUUUAUGAAAUUAGAAAGGGGGCAAAUACUUUUUCACAGCAUACAGUAUAUGCUCUUUCCUGGAAAUAGACUGACUAGAUGAAUCCAGGUGAAAGCUAUGAUCUCUUAUUGAUGUGACUUGUUAAAUCCACUUCAAAUCAGUGUAGAUAAAGGGGAGGAGACUGGUUAAAGAAUAAUUUGUAAGCCUUGAGACAUUACUUGUGUAUGUGUGCCAUUCAGAGGGUGAAUGGGUAAGAUAAGUGCCUUUGAACGGGGUAUGGUAGUAGGUGCCAGGCGCACUGGUUUGAGUGUGUCAAGAACGGUUUCCCGUGUGUAUCAAGAAUGGUCCCCUACCCAAAGGACAUCCAGCCAACUUGAUACAACUGUGAGAAGCAUUGGAGUCAACAUGGGCCAGCAUCCCUGUGGAACGCUUGACACCUUGUAGAGUCCAUGCACCGACGAAUUGAGGCUGUUCUGAGGGAAAAAGGGGGUGCAACUCAAUAUUAGGAAGGUGUUCCUAAUGUUCUGUACUCUGUGUACAGUAGUUACUCCUAAAUCAAUAGGGGAUUCGAGACUGUAAGCAGGUUUAAAGCUAGAGAGUCUGGAUUUAGCCCUGAGGACCUACUGUGUCAAUCUACGGUCUUAGUCUCUUUGAUGUGAAUGCCCAAGCAUCUGCCUAGCAUCGCACUCUACCUAGCUCUCUGCAGGGCUGCUGUGCUAGCUAGACACAUCUGAGCCAUUGGGUAUGGUGAGAAUCCCCUUGGAUCCAGGGAGGCUGAUUGGGGUCAGAAUUGGGUCUUACAGGAUAACUUUAUCUGUUAGGAGAAGGCAGCCAUUUUGUCUUCAGGGAAUGCUUUGAAUUAAUUGGAGAUGGCGGAAUUAUUCUAAUGUGAGGAAGACCAAAUAAGCCAUUAGGUUGUCUCUGGCUGAGUUUAACGAUGUGGAAGGAAGAGUUUGGUAUAACGGUAAAUGUGUCUUUUGUCGCCUAUUUUUGGGGGUAGCUGCUGCUGUUAGCAACAGGUUUCACAGCUAGCCAUUUUCCUCUGGUUGCAGCCACAAGCUAUUCUCUCAGUUAGUAUGGCACUUCUUCACAUCACAGAGUCCAGAGAGAAAACUACAUGGCUGACAUUGAGAGAGACAUCAAUGCCUGGACUAGACAGGUAUUUGUCCUGCCUUCAAACUACCACAGUCCCAAUUGUUCUGUAUGUGAAAAAGAAAUAGCUUGAAAAGCGGACACAGUUAACUAGGAGGAGAAUUGAAGCUGUCAAAGAAAUGCCUUUGUUUAUGAGAGGGCUGUCAGAUUUUGCUGUGUCACAGAGGAGUUGCAGUGGAAAAUAGAGAGCAUGGAUACACAGACUGACAGAGAGGAAGCUUAUUAGCCUAGCCUCUAGUCUAGAGGAGAAGAACCCAUUUCAGAAGCCCCGUACUGAAAUUAAACAGUGAAGAGCUGUAUUUCAAUAGAAAAAAGUUCCUCAGAGUUAACACGAUUUUGCAGAUCAUUAAUGCCAUUGUCAGCGCCCCAGGGGUCUGAUGAGAAAAACAAGCACAAUUUUUCUGGGCGGAUGGAUUUGUUCCGUGGCCGAUGAUGCGUUUGUUACUUCGAUUGGGUUCUCCCUAAGUGUUAGACCCUCAGAGCUUUAAAUUGAAGUAAACUUUUGGGGUUGUCACAAGAUGGUUGAGGGGGAAAACAGCUUCAGGAUGUAGCAAUCAAUCUGGAAUAUUUUAUUCGGGGGCAUUCUUUUUUGUUUGUCAAGCAUUGGUAGGUAAGCGAUGCCACAUGCUGAAAUGACUGUUUGGUCCCAUUCUACUCCGUUGUCCUAAUACCAUGUCAUUACAUGUAGUAACCUAUUUGAAACAAAUUUUGGUCAGUUACUCCCAUUACAAUUCAUACAGUUCUUAGUCAGCAUUGACAUCCCAACCUAUGAAUCAACAGUGUUUAUCUUUCCCAUGCCAGGACCUGUACAGGAAGGACUGUAACCUGGCAGCACAGCUCCUCCAAUGUUCCAAGUCACACCACAGAGCCCACAAGCUAUCUGAGGUGAGUUCUGCUCUGCUCUCCACUCACACUAACAAAUAGCCCCUUCUGUCUGGCUCUUGAUGGCCACUUAUUACUUCCCCUGUUGAUUUCACCGUACAACCUGAGUACAAAAGAGGACAAACCGUCUCCGACAACAUCUAGUCCACUCGAAGGGGAGUAGGAAGUGAGCUAUGAGAGAAAAUCCUCACAAUUCCUCAUCGAAAUUCCUCAAAGACGUGGGACUAUCUUUUAAAUGUAAGGUCACGCAUAUAUGGACAAAGUAGUAAUGCAGCUAUGGUAUGAAAUUGACAGAGUUAUUGGAGGUACUGUAGAAUAUCAGCAUCCACAGCUGGCACCCCACAAUCAUACUCCGAUGAAAUAUAAGUGAUUGGCUUUUGAAAGCACAUUCCUUGUUUCGAGUCGACUGAAAGUGAGACGCAGCACUAGUAAUGAAUGUCAAUGACCAAUUCCAGAGCAUUGACGAAUCCAUCAAAACUGCAGUGGUGAAUAUAGCUGAGUGCGAUCAAAGGGAUGCUGUAUGAUUUUCAUUGGGACUUAACUCUGCUAAUUACCAGCCAGAGAAAUGUAUCGUGUACAGAGGAGCCCCUCAGGAAAGCUAAUGAAAACGGCGUGUUGGAGGCAAAAUUUAGCCCUGCAGUCUCACCUACUUUUCCACUCAAUUCUCAAAUGGGGAAAGCAGGCUGCUAAAAAAAGCUCCAUACUUCAAACACUGGUCUUUUUCUGCCGGGUGUCUAUUUUCAACACAAAAGUAACAGUGGGAAUUGUCUCUUUUUUAUUCUCAGCUGGAGACCUUGAGCACUGGUCUAAUUUAAAUAUAAGCUGCUCCCAGUGAUUUUUGUAUUACUGGCGUACACACAAUUUUUACAAAUUAAUAGAAAAUGAAAAGCUGAAAUGUCUUGAGUUAAUAAGUAUUCAACCUCUUUGUUAUGGCAAGCCUAAAUAAGUUCAGGAGUAAAAAUUGGACACAAUAAUAGUGUUGAACAUUUUAUUGACUACCUCAUCUCUGUACCCCACAUACAAUUAUCUGUAAGAUCCCUCAUUCAAGCAUUUAAUUUCAAACACAGCUCAACCACAAAGACCAGGGAGGUUUUCCAAGAAGGGCACCUAUUUAUAGAUGGCAAAAGAAAUAUGCAGACAUUGAAUAUCCCUUUGAGCAUUGUGAAGUUAUUAAUUACACUUUGGACAGUGUAUCAAUACACCCAGUCACUACAAAGAUACAGGCGUUCUUCCUAACUCAGUUGCUGGAGAGGAAGGAAAUCACGCAGGAAUUUCACUAUGAGGCCAAUGGUGACUUUAAAACAGUUACAGAGUUUAAUGGCUGUGAUAGGAGAAAUCUGAGGAUGGAUCAACAACAUUGUAGAUACUCCACAAUACUAACCUAAAUGACAGAGUGAAAAGAAGGAGCCUGUACUGAAUAAAAAUAUUUCAAAACAUGCAUCCUGUUCGCAAAAAGACAAAAGUAAUAUUGCAAAAAAUGUGGCAAAGCAAUUCACUUUAUGUCCUGAAUACAAAGUGUUAUGUUUGGGGCAAAUCCAACACAACACAUUACUGAGUACCACUCUCCAUAUUUUCAAGGUGGCUGCAUCAUGUUAUGGGUAUGCUUGUAAUCGUUAAGGACUUGGGAGUUUUAUAGGAUAAAAAAAAGAAAUGGAAUGGAGCUAAGCCCAGGCAAAUCCUAGAGGAAUAUUUCUGGUUCAGUCUGCUUUCCACCAGACACUGGGAGAUUCAUUCACCUUUCAGCAGGGCAAUAACCUAAACACAAGGCCAAAUCUACAUUGGAGUUGCUUACCAAGAAGAGAGUUAAUGUUCCUGAGUAGCCGAGUUACAUGUUCAACUUAAAUCUACUUGAAAAUCUAUGGCAAGACCUGAAAAAGGUUGUCUAGCAAUGAACAACAACCAAUUUGACAGAGCUUGAACAUUUUAAAGAAUAGUGGGCAAAUGUUCCACAAUCCAGAUGUGGAAAGCCCAGAAAGACUCACAGCAGUAAUCGCUGCCAAAGGUGAUUCUACAAAGUAUUGACUCAGGGGUGUGAAUACUUAUGUAAAUUAGAUAUUUUUGUAUUUCAUUUUCAAUAAAUGUGCAAACCUUUGGAGGUAUUGUGUGUAGAGUGGGUGAGAACAAAAAUAUAUUUAAUCCAUUUUGAAUUCAGGCUGUGACAACAAAAUGUGGAAUAAGUAAAGGGUUAUGAAUACUUUCUGAAGGCACAGUACAAGUGUGUAUUGAUGAAAGUGGGUGUGUGUCUGUGUCUUGAUGUACCUCUGUCCAUGCUGAUGGAUGUAUCCUACAACUCAGCGAAGUAAACAUCUGAGAAAUUAGAAGAAAAAGAAGAGCCAAAGCACAGCAGUGGUUGUGGUCAGUUCAUUAGAGAGGGCAGAGUAGUGCAAGUCCCACCGGUGUCUCCGAGCUGGUCUGAGUAAACACACAAUAAUAACUUACUUCUCUAAACUCAACCUCGAUUGGAGCCUAGGGAACAGCAUUGACAAAACAGCUGUGCGGAUGUGGCAAGCAUUCGAUAAUGGAGUGGUUGUGAAUACAGUACCAGUCAAAAGUUUGGACACACCUACUCAUUCAAGGGUUUUUCUUUAUUUUGACCAUUUUCUACAUUGUAGAAUAAUAGUGAAGACAUCAAAACUAUGAAAUAACACAUAUGGAAUCAUGUAGUAACCAAAAAAAGUGUUAAACAAAUCACAAUCUAUUUUAGAUUUGAGAUUCUUCAAAUAGCCACCCUUUGCCUUGAUGACAGCUUUGCACACUCUUGGCAUUCUCUAAACCAGCUUCAUGAGGAAUUAUUUUCCAACAGUCUUGAAGGAGUUCCCACAUACAGUUGAAGUCGGAAGUUUACAUACACUAAGUUGACUGUACCUUUAAACAGCUUGGAAAAUUCCAGAGAAUUAUGUCUACCUUCAAACUCAGUGCCUCAGAAAAUUAAUUGUAGACCUCCACAAGUCUGGUUCAUCCUUGGGAGCAAUUUCCAAACGCCUGAAGGUACCACGUUCAUCUGUACAAACAAUAGUACGCAAGUAUAAACACCAUGGGACCACGCAGCCAUCAUACCGCUCAGGAAGGAGACGCGUUCUGUCUCCUAGAGAUGAACGUACUUUGGUGCGAAAAGUGCAAAUCAAUCCCAGAACAACAGCAAAGGACCUUGUGAAGAUGCUGGAGGAAACAGGUACAAAAGUAUCUAUAUCCACAGUAAAACCAGUCCUAUAUCGACAUAACCUGAAAGCCCGCUCAGCAAGGAAGAAGCCACUGCUACAAAACAGCCAUAAAAAAAAGCCAGAGUACGGUUUGCAACUGCACAUGGGUACAAAUAUCAUACUUUUUGGAGAAAUGUCCUCUGGUCUGAUGAAACAAAAAUAGAACUGUUUGGCCAUAAUGACCAUCGUUAUGUUUGGAGGAAAAAGGGGAAGGCUUGCAAGCCGAAGAACACCAUCCCAACCGUGAAGCACGGGGGUGGCAGCAUCAUGCUGUGGGGGUGCUUUGCUGCAGGAGGGACUGGUGCACUUCACAAAAUAGAUGGCAUCAUGAGGAAGGAAAAUUAUGUGGAUAUAUUGAAGCAACAUCUCAAGACAUCAGUCAGGAAGUUAAAGCUUGGUCGCAAAUGGGUCUUCCAAAUGGACAAUGACCCCAAGCAUACUUCCAAAGUUGUGGCAAAAUGGCUUAAGGACAACAAAGUCAAGGUAUUGUAGUGGCCAUUACAAAGCUCUGACCUCAAUCCUAUAGAAAAUUUGUGGGCAGAACUGAAAAAGUGUGUGCGAACAAGGAGGCCUACAAACCUGACUCAGUUACACCAGCUCUGUCAGGAGGAAUGGGCCAAAAUUCACCCAACUUAUUGUGGGAAGCUUGUGGAAGGCUACCCGAAACGUUUGACCCAAGUUAAACAAUUUAAAGGCAAUGCUACCAAAUACUAAUUGAGUGUAUGUAAACUUCAGACCCACUGGGAAUGUGAUGAAAUAUAUAAAAUCUGAAAUAAAUCAUUCUCUCUACUAUUAUUCUGACAUUUCACUUUCUUAAAAUAAAGUGGUGAUCCUAACUGACCUAAGACAGAUACUUUUUACCAGGAUUAAAUGUUAAGAAUUGUGAAAAACUGAGUUUAUAUGUAUUUGGCUAAGGUGUAUGUAAACAUCCGACUUCAACUGUAUGUUGAGCACUUGUUGGCUGCUUUUCCUUCACUCUGCGGUCCAACUCAUCCCAAACCAUCUCAAUUGGGUUGAGGUCGGGUGAUUGUGGAGGCCAGGUCAUCUGAUGCAGCACUCCAUCACUCUCCUUCUUGGUCAAAUAGCCCUUACACAGCCUGGAGGUGUGUUUAGGGUCAUUGUCCUGUUGAAAAACUAAUUAUAGUCCCACUAAGCACAAACCAGAUGGGAUGGCGUAUCACUGCAGAAUGCUGUGGUAGCCAUGCUGUUUAAGUGUGCCUUGAAUUCUUAAUAAAUCACAGACAGUGUCACCAGCAAAGCACCCCCACACCACCUCCUCCUCCAUGCUUCACGGUUGGAACCACACCUGCAGAGAUAAUCCAUUCACCUACUCUGCGUCUCACAAAGACACGGUGGUUGGAACUAAAAAUCUCAAAUUUGGACUCAUCAGACCAAAGGACAGAUUUCCACCGGUCUAAUGUCCAUUGCUCAUGUUUCUUGGCCCAAGCAAGUCUCUUCUUCUUAUUGGUGUCCUUAAGUAGUGGUUUCUUUGCAGCAAUUCGACCAUGAAGGCCUGAUUCACGCAGUCUCCUUUGAACAGUUGAUGUUGAGAUGUGUCUGUUACUUAAACUCUUUGAAGCAUUUUUUUGGGCUGCAAUCUGAGGCUGGUAACUAAUGGAUUUAUCAUCUGCAGCAGAGGUAACUCUGGGUCUUCCUUUCCUGUGGCGGUCCUCAUGAGAGCCAGUUUCAUCAUAGCGCUUGAUGGUUUUUGCGACUGCACUUGAAGAAACAUUCAAAGUUCUUUUUCCGGAUUGACUGACCUUCAUGUCUUAAAGCAAUGAUGGACUGUCGUUUCUCUUUGCUUAUUUGAGCUGUUCUUGCCAUAAUAUGGACUUGAUCUUUUACCAAAUAGGGCUAUCUUCUGUAUACCACCCCUACCUUGUCACAACACAACUGAUUGGCUCAAACGCAUUAAGAAGGAAAUCAAUUCCUCAAAUUAACUUUUAAGAAGACACACCUGUUAAUUGAAAUGCAUUCCAGGUGACUACCUCAUGAAGCUGGUUGAGAGAAUGCUAAGAGUGUACAAAGCUGUCAUCAAGGCAAAGGGUGGCUAUUUGAAGAAUCUCAAAUAUAAAAUAUAUUUUGAUUUGUUUAACACUUUUUUGUUUACUACAUGAUUCCAUAUGUGUUAUUUCAUAGUUUUUAUGUCUUCACUAUUAUUCUACAAUGUAGAAAAUAGUAAAAAUAAAGAAAGCCCCUGGAAUGAGUAGGUGUGUCCAAACUUUUGACUGGUACUAUAUGUACGGGGAGAUUUGAUAGUGGUUGUCAGCAUUGUAUGAAUCUAUAUGCCGGAGUCUAUUUUUAGGAAUGCUUCGUUGUAGAGAAAGUUAUGCUGGUAAAAUCUCUAUAACAUUGUUAGAGCAGUAGUAGUCCUCAUUUGUUAUUUAUUGCUGUAAUUUCUGAAUCAGUUUCUCUUAAAUUCAAUCCCAUUUCUUCCUUUAUGUUUGUCUAUCCAGGUUUCUCUCCUUCCUCUCUUAAUAUUUCUCCUCACCAACUCUCUCUCUCUCUCUCUAGCUGCCCAUUGACUUCCAGGAGCGGGUGAGCUCCCACAUAGAGAAGCACGCACGCGGCGUCACAAUGGCGCCGUGCCACUCAUCCUACUCUGAUGCUGUGCCCACCGCCGUCAUCGCCAAGGUGCUAGAGAAGCCCGAACCGGGCAGCAGCUGCCCAGUCACCCGCUCGCCCAGCCCACAGCCAUUGGUGGCUGAGGGCCAUGACCGUGACUUCGUGCCCAAUAGCGUGGGUGGUGAAAGCCUUCAGCGCCGUACUGCCUACCGGACUGCCGACCUGUACUGCAGCGACACGGCCCUCUACUGCCCUGAGCGCUGGCAGGAGCGUAGGCAGAGCGUAGACGUCCACGGCCUCCCCAUGGGUCUCCUCCUCCAGGCCCAGAACUCCACCGACUCCAACCCUGAGGAGGUGGCCUUCCAUUCAGGUAACUUCUCCCAACACAGGGCCCCCUCCUUCCACGGAGAGUUUACGGUGGGCUCCUUGCCGGCCUCUAGCUCCUACUCCAGCUUCAGCCAGGCGUCGGAGGAGGAGAAGGGAGGUGAAGGCUGCGACGGCGGCCCCGGCAGCACCAUGUCCUCCUCCCACCAGGCGCUCUACAUGGACUGGCGGGACUGGGGGUACGGCAAGCGCAAGAGCACCUCAUCCUAUGAGAAGGACAGCCCUCCCAGCUCCAGCCUCUUCCCCAAGUCCCACAGCUUCCAGCACAUGGCGAUGCCGCCUUCCCCCAACCCGGCGAAAGGCGGCGGCGGCUCUUCGCCAGCGUACGUGCGCACGCCGUCCUGUGCCUACAGUGAGCCGUACCACUCGCCCCGCCUAGCAUCGUCGCACAGCGUGGGCUCGGCCCAGGGUGGAGGAGGACCCCGGGCGGUGGAGCGCUCUGACAGCCAGGCCAGCAUGGGCAGCAUGGGUAUCCCCACGGAAGAGGAACUGACUGGACGCUGGAGGCAGCUGAGUGUGGAGGACAUCAACUCGUACUCCUACAACCGCAAUCCGGGUCGCAUGUCUCCCUACAGCUUUUCCGAGCAGCACUUUGCCAUAGGCCCAGCCAAGCUCAAACUGGGGCCCCUCUACAGCAGCUUCCAGGAAGGGGACGACAACGUCUCUCUCCACAACAGUGUGCUGGACCAGUGCUUGGCCGCUGCUGUCAGUGGUGGCGGACUCUCACCCAGUCCCAGCCCCAAACACCCCAGUAUGGGCCUGCGGGGCAAGCCAGACAAGCCCCAGCCCCUUUACAGAGCCAAGGAGGACAGCCAGGAUUCAGAGUGCAGCCUGCAGUUCCUCUCAGGGAACUUGAAGGAUAAGGACAGCGGGGCGGCUGGAGCGGCACGGGGGACCAUGAACAAGGAAUAUGUGGAUGUGAGCCCCAACAGCUUGGCCGAGUCCUUACACCACCAAACCUCCCUGGAAGCCUCCUGUUUGCAGCAGCAACCCUACCAGAGGGAGAGAGUGAGGCCCAGCCUGAGCCCAGCUCUUCCCAAGAAGAGUUCUCAACAACACCAACAAUUUGGAAGCACAGGAACAGGACUUAGCAGGAAGGACAGUCUGACCAAGGCCCAGCUGUACGGCACCCUCCUGAACUGAACAGCUCGGUAACACUUUACCUGACCGGUAUAAUGCAUUAUGAUGCGGUUAUAAUUAAUUGUAAGACUUGUCAUAAGCACGUAUGACCCCUUAUAAAAAGUUGUAUUAUUAUCUCAAUGACUAAAUAACAGCCAUUUUGAGCAAGUUGAAAAUAUGCUUAAUAAAAAGGACAUCAUAUAUUGUAAACCUUGUAAUAAGACAUAAAAGCUCAUACCUGCUUAUAACAAGUAAUAAAACAUACAUCAUUAUACCGGUCGGCUUGAAGUAGUGUUACCAACAGCUUCUCCUCUUAUGCAUGGUGAUUAUGUACAUCUCCAUGUUUCCUGUGGCAAACACACAGUUGGCAUGGAUUUGUAAUUUUUUGUAAUCCGGUGAAGGCAAGUUUCAAGCUGUCAUAUGCUACACAGCUGUUGUUACUUGGCUGUUUGUUUAUAUGGUAUUAUACGGUGUAGCUAUCAGAGAGACUAGCCACCAGAUUUCCGUACCGUUUCCUACAGUAUAUCAUCCCGUAUUCUUUACCAUGGCAUAGCACCAACUAA